GCGGCCAGUGCGCCGUCCGCACGCCCUUAGUAGCUAUCGCGAAUGUAUAAUUUUUACAAUCGAACUACAUUUUCCAUGCAACAGUGUACCGAAUUAUUAAAUUAAAUAUAUUUCUAGUGUAAAUUAAAAUUAAUAUUAACAAAAUGUGUCUGAAAAGUAUAUCAGUAUAUUUAUAUUUGGUUACGAUAGCGGUGAGCGUCGUCGGCGAAUGUGGACCACGACUGAAGUACGCCUGGGGAGAUGCGCUGCAAGGGACAGACUGUCCGGGGCCAGACGGUACGCCAUACCCGAGACACUUAGUGAACCGGGCGCUGAAGUCGUCGUGGGGUUCAACGCGGCAGGGGCGAGCGGCGCGCACUUUGGACCCCACUCUUAUGCGUAGGGCUCUGUUGGAUGCUCACGUCGGCUACUCUGAGGGGGUCAUUAAGACCCCGGGUGGUAAUAGAACUGCGCGCGCGUCAAGUCUCCCUGGUCUGUCCACGGGUGGUAGUGCUUGCGGCGGCUCGCGCCUGUGCCGCACGCGCUACAACACCACCGCACCCAUGUACGGAGUGUCGUUGACCUCGGGCCAGCCGGUCACCAUCGUGCAGAAGUUCCCUGAUCUAUUGCAGCAGGUUGUCUUCGAAGUUUGCGAGUCAAGCGAGUGUUCGGUGGUACGUGGUUCUUGUACCCAGACUUACGUGCCUUACUUAUUCCUGGUGCUGCCAUUAGGGCCUGUCACACUCACUGGGCAAGACUACGUGCUAGUCGAGUCGGGGUGCGUUUGUCGACCGGACCCCAUCCCUUAGCUUUAUAUUGUUAUACUUUGUUUAAUUUUUGGAAGUCUGUUUGAAAUUGGAUGUAGUGGUAAGGUUUACUGACCAGUUUAUUUUGUCAAGGGGGUGGAGGAAUACUAAUAGGAUAGUUGACUCAUAUCAAAUUUAAUAUAUAAACAAUAUUAAUUUCGUGUUUUAAUAUUCCCUGAUUCCAUGUAGGUACUACGUGUAAUUAGGGAAUAUUAAUUAAUAAAAGUCAGGUAUUUUAAAAUUUUUGCAAACGUCAAAAACGCUGUCGUCUAUUUUGUGACGUCACGAUAUAACUAACAAUUCUCUCAAACACUAAACCGUUUGGUUAUGGUUUACUGUUUACAGGCUUACGUGACUUCACGUAACAGAUAAAAUAUAGACCACCAUGGCCGAUAGCGUUCGGAUCGUAUUGUCAAAAGAAUAUUUAAAAAUUAAAUGUAUUCAUGUCUCUAAAACAUAUGAUAAUUUUAUUCAAUCUAGCAGACCCUUAUUGAACAGUUUAAAACCUUUUUAAAAAAGACUCAAAUAGCCUAUUGUAAGUUGAGUCAAGAGCAUGCACUAUUAGCUUUACGCUUUUUGUACGUAAAUCGACAGAAUGGCCUUAUGACUAUGGUUGCUUUGCAUUUGGCUCUAUAUUUUUUAUUAUUGGCCCUUUAUUCCCCUGCUUCCCCUUGACGACAUCCUUGGACACUGUUGACAGACAGCGCUUUUUUUCACACAAACGCGCUUGGUCUAACUUAUUACCACUAAAAUCAAGGCCAAACGUACUUCUCAAUAUAGAUUGACUAUACCCAUUCGCGGAUCAGCAUAAUGUAGUCGAAUAUUGAACGAUCACGUGUUUUGCAUAUCGACACUAUCUUACUACGCCCAAAUAAUAAUAAAUAACCACUCACCAUCCAAUAAGUGCCUGCACGAUAAAACUGAUCGUGUGUUGGUCGCAAUGUGCAUGACAUUAUGCAGAUCAUGUCCUACCUUCAGCGCUGCAGGCACAUGAACUUAUUGGAUGGUGAGUGGCUAGCAUUAGGAAUCGAAUUUGCCGAUCCACAUUUGUGUAUAGCUUUUAGGUUUUAAUUAAUGGGUAUCCGAAGGUUUCUUUUUAAUUUGAAUUUCAAAUAGGUACUCGAGAAAAUCGUUUACAAGUAUCGAAACAUUUGAUUUUCUUUGGUUAAUUAAAUUAAGGUUCUAUUUUUCUUAGAAUAGGACUGAAUGGAGAUAUAAUUAAAAGUACAAGGCUCAUUUUGUUUUACUGUAUUUUGAUACUCGUAAACGACUUCGAUUUCGAGGUUUCCGUGAUGUUAUUAUGAAUAUUUAUUUUAUGGAUGGAAAAAAUCAUUUUUAUUAUGAUUUUUACUAAGCUUUGUUCAGAAUAACCUUUGGAUAUCCAAGUAAAUUGUAAGUAGAUAAAUAAAUUUCAUGCUCAAAAUAAUAUGAAAUUAAAUUAUUUAUUGAAAAUUUUAUGUGAUUUCUGACUACUAAGAAUAUUAUGAAUUUAAAUACAGAGUUUUAGUUGAUUUAUUUUUUGCAGGAGUAAAUAGCUUGAAAAUUGUUAUGAAAUAAUUUCCAGAAUUGCAUUUAUACUACAAUUCGCAUUAAGUUUGUUGCGCUGAAGUUAUUUCAAAUAUAUGCAAUGAAGCAAUGCUUCCUUGUAGUGCUUAAUUGCGAUAAGCGUUCAUGGAGACAAACUUAUUAAUAUGUGGUAGUAGCCGUAGAUAUAUAUUUUAUUAAUCCAUGGCAGAAACUUAAUAAAAAAAAUAUACAUACAGCUGAACGUAGAACCUCCUCCUUUUUGGAAGUCGAUUAGAAACUUAAGAAUAAUAAUAGGCAUUUUUUUGUGACUGGUAAAAUGCGUAUCUACCUACCUUAAUCAUCAACAAAUUUUAUUUAAUUUUCUGUUGAAUAAAAAUUACUUAGGUUUUUUUACAUUAAACUAAUUAAAUACUAACGGAAACAACAGAUACAAUACUAAACUAAGUUAUCUACCUAAAAUAAAAUCUUUUGGUAUUUUUCUCAGGAAUUUUUUUUAUAAUUUUGACGCCGGCGAAUUCACUAAAUUUGAUGUAUGUUAGUUGACAUAUACGAAAUUGAAAUUUUAUGUAACAAAUAUCAUCAGGUAGAUGAAUUUUUGUUUAUAUUAAUAGGUUGAUAAUAAAGACCAAAACAGUGAAUACGGCUAGCAUUAAAUAAGUAGUGAAUAUAAAAUCACGCGACAAGUAUUAGUAACGAUAGUCGAACUGGUAAAAGUCAACUAACAUACGUCAAAGUUAGUGAAUUGGCCUGCUGUAGGCCUAACAUGCGACAACGACAUAUUUCGUAAAGAAUAAAAGACAACGCUCUCGCUCUCUCUUUCAUUGCUUUGGUGGGACGGAAGAUAGAGUUAGAGAGCGAUAUUUUCGAUUUAUCCGCUAUUUUCUCUCGUCUCGAUAUAAGUCGAGGUUUCAUCUUACCACAUCUUGUGUCUACAGCUGCAGUUAGUGCCAAUUCACUAUUUCGGUCGGACUAAAAAUUUGUAAUAAAAUAUUUUUUUUGGUAGACGUCCACAGAUCCGCUUUGUACGUAUCGCGCGAAAAUACCGUAAAAAAAAUUGAUGCGACGCGUCCGAUGCGUACGGUAUGGUUCUGUGGACGCCUACCUUUAUCGCAGACUUUUUUAUAUAAUAUUGUCUAGAUUCCGCCCUAGAUUCGGGACUGCAACAGUAUUUAAGCCACUAAAUUUAAUUUAAUUUAUUAAGUUCUUUAAUUUAAAAACAGUCUGGUCUUUUUAAAUUAUACUAUCAUAGUAAAAUAUGUAAGAUACAUUUAUGAACUUGUUAUUGUUCCAGAACAGAGCAUACUUAUUUUAUUUAUAUUACUUCUUUAUAGACUGAAUUUAUAUGUUAAUUUAUUCUUAUUAUUUAUUGAUAAUUAUUAAUAUAUUUACAAAUAUAUUGCGUCUUUGUAGUUUAGGUUGAAGAUGUGUGUGACUUAGAAAACAACGAAUGUAACAAAGAAAUAAAGUUUAAUAAAAACGA